UUCCCUCCUUUCCCUCCUUUCCCUCCUUUCCCUCCUUUCCCUCCUUUCCCUCCUUUCCCUCCUUUCCCUCCUUUCCCUCCUUUCCCUCCUUUCCCUCCUUUCCCUCCUUUCCCUCCUUUCCCUCCUCUCCCUCCUUUCCCUCCUUUCCCUCCUUUCCCUCCUUUCCCUCCUUUCCCUCCUUUCCCUCCUUUCCCUCCUUUCCAACCUUUCCCUCCUUUCUCUCCUUUCCCUCAUUUCCCUCCUUUCCCUCCUUUCCCUCCUUUCCCACCUUUCCCUCCUUUCCCUCCUUUCCCUCCUUUCCCUCCUUUCCCUCCUUUCCCUCCUUUCCCUCCUUUCCCUCCUUUCCCUCCUUUCCCUCCUUUCCCUCCUUUCCCUCCUUUCCCUCCUUUCCCUCCUUUCCCUCCUUUCCCUCCUUUCCCUCCUUUCCCUCCUUUCCCUCCUUUCCCUCCUUUCCCUCCUUUCCCUCCUUUCCCUCCUUAC